UAUUUCUUUUUUUCUUUUUUUUUGUUCUUUCAUUGAAAAAGAUAAAGAGUAUAUUCAGUAUCCUAAAUAAUGGAAUGUUCCAAUGAUAUUGUCGAAUGCAAUCGUAAAAGAAAACCUUCGAAAUCAUCGGAAAAAUGUAUUGAAUGUGCUACGAAAAAACGUACUUUUCAAAUAAGGGAUACCGAUGGUAAAAUGCAAAGAAUUACAAGAAUUCCUGUGUUGGAUCAUCCACGAUCUAGUACAGAUCAUACCAUGGAAAAUAUUUCAAGGAUGUCACAGUGUCAAAGGAUAAAAAAUACGAAGGAAUGUGAAAAGAUUCUCUCAAAGAGUAAACUUUAUUUAUCCCUUCGAGAAAAGAGAGCUGAAUUUCGCCGUUCAUUGGUCAAAGCGAUCACUAUGAAAAAAGAUAAAGAAGAAGAAGAAAAAGAAAAAAAAGAAGAAAAAGAAAAGGAUAAGUUUGUUGAUAGUAAAGAAAAUAUUUACUUGACUAAAAACGACGAGGAAAUUUUGAGAUAUUAUUAUUACGUCAUUCAUGCAAUCGAUGACGUAUACGUUAAAUCGAUCGAUGAUGAAACAUUGGAAAAUAUUUUAAAUUUAAUUCCGAAAGAACGGCGAAUGAAAUUUUCAGAAUAUUUAAACGAACUUAUCAAAGAAACGAAAUACGAUUAUAAAUUCAAUAUUAAAAAGGCAGUUGUUGAUUUCGUUUUGCAGGAACCUUCGAGGACCGAUUACGAAUUGUUGGAAAAGUCAGGAAAAACGAAGGAGAGUGAAGAGAUUAAACAAUUUUCUAUCGAGCACAAUGUUAGAUACAGAAGAAAAAAAUUCAAGAUAGAAAGGAUUGUCAUACUUUACAAUAAAUAUAUGCGUAGAUCAUUGGAUUAUUGGAUCAGAGAAUUCAGGUUCGUCGAUGAACAAAUUAAAAAGGAUAUAUAUUUGUAAAUAAAUCAUUUCUAAUUUAAUUUGGUUUUGUUGAAAGAGACACAGAAGUGAUUUUGUUAUAUUUGUCAUAGUAAUAAAAGGCAAAUCGAUGUUGAAGAAUUAGCAUCUUACGGACAAUCUUACGAUCUCGCUAGUUUCGAUUACAAGGUCACGAGGAUGUUGCAAAGAAUGCGAAAUAAUCUUGAGAAAAAUUGGCUACCCAAAAUUCGUGGUAUAUUCGGUAACGUAAGGAACAAAAGAAAACUUCUACAUCAUUUUUAUAUCAUUUUGAUAAUUUGACAAAUAUUUAUUGUAUCAUUUUGUAAUUAAAGUUCAGGAAGAAAGAACGUAGAAUGCGUAAAACUGAAACAACGAUUAAACAAUUCGAAAUAAA